UUAUUGAGUUAUAUAUUUUUAUCUAUGUGUGAUACGUGAUAUUAAAUUGGAGGGAAUCUACCAAGAACAAAUAAUAAGAACUUACUGAGAGGAGGGCAAACAUUGACGCUCUUAACUUUUCAGCGAAUUUUAUUAAAUAUUCAUUUAUUUUUAUUCAGAAAUAAAUAGAAGUAAAAUUAUAUAACAGAAGAGGAUUAUAAAUAUUUUUAAAAUGAGUAGUUUUGAUCUUUCUAAAAUGGUUAGUACUGUUGACAAUCUGAGUACAUGUUUAGAUAUUAUGUUGUGUUGUAAAAGCCCUGAAGGAGGUAAAGAAAUAAUCGACACUUAUGACAAUUUGGAAAACUUAGUAACAAUUUUUGAAAAUCAAAUGAAUACAUUGAAGAAAGCUUUAGUUAGAGAAAAAAAUGCUCGUCAAUCAUAUUUUCAAGCUCAAUUAGAUGAUUUAAAAAAAAUGGUUAACAGAUGUGAACAUAUGAUAAUGAACACACCUAUCAAUUCUAAUAACUUUAAUGGAAAUCAACAGUAUAAUCAAAAUGAAACCAAGGAAAAUAAUUCAAAUUGUUUAAAUAGUAUAAACAAUAUUUCAAUGUCGCCCGUUAGAAGUUCAUGGAAUGAUACUUUUUCUCCUCCAGAAAAUUCUUUACACCAAAAUACUACUAUGAGUACUACAAUAAUGGGACAAUCAAAAUGUCAAACUUCAAAACACGUUCUUGAUAUUCCUUAUAUUCAAUUGGUCAAUAAUGAAGAAAUGAAUACUGUUCCAAAGUACAUGAAAGGGCGUCUAACGUCUUUAAAUAUUAAUGUAGUUAUUGAAAGUAUUAAUAUAGCUUUAGAAAAUAAGUAUGAAAUCUUGAGAAAAUCAAAAACUGCGUUAAAAAAAAAAGAAUUAGAUGCUUAUAAUGAAUGGAAAAUUCAACAAAGCAAUGUUGGACAAGGACAAUAUUUUGUUACCGCUGAAGAUAUAACAAAAUAUAGUGAAACAAAAGUGGACAAGACAACUUUAAAUAUUAUUCCGAUUCUAAGACAUUUGAAGCGUUUAAAAGAAUCAAGAAUUGGUGGCUUUAUUUAUUACUUACCUUAUUAAGAUUAAAAAUAUAUAUGUAUGUAUAGAAUUAUUGAUUUAUUAUUUACUUCAAACGAUAAAUAUAUUAUUAUUUUAUUAAU